AUGAACGGCGUUUCCGACUUCCCUCUUUUAUUAAGGGCGGAACAAUGCAUUGUUCUGAUAGUGUGCCCCCAAACACAUCUCCGCCGGCCUAGUGUCGCCGCCAGAGGCAAAAUUUUCGUGCUCCAGUUCACAUAUAGCGGGCGCCGAAAAGGGGUUCUGUUAUCCGUAGACUGUUACGUUGCAGUGCACGCCCUGCAAACAGCUGAGGCGGGCAGCAAGAGCAAGACCAUGUCUUGUCCAGUUUGUCAGAGGCUCGGAGGCUCAGAGUUCACAGAACUGACGUUUCUUUUCUUCCAAAGGAGUCAAGCCGAUCUCCGAUUUCCGAUUUCCACCAAAGCCCUGGUCGAUCUACGCCAAGCUGAAUUGACGUUUCCUCUUGGUUGUGUACUGGGAGGACGUGGGACUUGCACUUCGGCAUCUCUCAGAACCAACCACUUCUGA